CCAAUGUUUGUAUGAAAUAGAAUUGGUAUUUUGGAUAUUAUGGGGAAAAAUAUUUGCUCACAGCAGUUUACUUUCAAGAACUUUGGUUUUCGAUGUAAAGAAGAUGAGAAAAAUCUAUUUUUCAGAUCACAGUGGGGAAGCGACCGCACACUAUUCUUUUUGUAUCGUCUCUUCAUGACUUUAUACUCUUUCGGAUGGCUACUUGCAUAUAUGAUUGUCCGAGGUAUUUACAAUAUUGGUGCUCUGCAGAGAAGUUAUCAAUACCUAACACAAUGGUCGAACGUUAUGGCUACCAUAUACUUCGCACUCGCAUGUGGACUGUCAAUUGUUGGCCUCGUCAAAAACAAGAGAUCAAACCGAACUGAAUCUGGAGCUAUCAAGUUUUUACGGACCUUAACCUGGAUGAUUUGGACAAUGUCCUCUCUCAUGAUACUCAUAGUUGUUAUUACAUAUUGGGCUCUAUUGUGGAAAAGUGAAUCACCGGAAAAUCGGAGGGAUCCAUUCAAUUUUCACCGGCAUCUGGUUGUUGCCAUAAUGAUCGUAAUCGAUGUGUUCGUCGCUGGAUUUCCAAUUCGUCUGCUUCAUUUUGUUUACGGCAUUCUCAUUGCUUGUCUGUACUCGGUAAUGACUGUGAUAGUACAUGCCGCGGGAGUAAACUCAGCUAUAUAUGGAUUUCUAAAUUGGGCAGAGAAUCCUGGUUUAACGGCAGGGAUAGCAGUAGCGUUUUCAGUUCUUGGGCCUAUAUUACUUCAUUGUUUUAUUUUUGGCCUUUACUGCUUACGUUUACAAAUUUACAAAUGCAUAUGCCCUCCCGACGAAAGAGUUAAACAAAAUGUCCGCGCGAUAGCAUACUCACAUGCAGAUGAACACAACGGCGCUGUCGAUAAUCCUGCUUUUGACCGCGACAGAUUUCAGGAAAAAAUUGUUUGAAACAUUUGUGUUGUUUUCUACUGCCACCUGUAGUUAUGAAUACAGACAUUGACGCAUAACGCGCACUGAGUAUAUGCAAAUGAGACAGGACUUAAAACUUCAAUGUUAAUUAAUAUCCUUCAAGUUCCGUUUGACCUGCAUUGUAAGGAAAAAAUAACCCUCUCGAGCUCAAACUAUGAAAUAACCGUUUGUUUAGAUUUGAAAAACACAAAACAGAUUUCAUUAAAAAAUACGUAACUUUUAAGGUACUUUUAUAGAUACCUCUGGUGCAAAGUUGCCUCUCAACACCCGCAUUCACAAUAUGUUAUAUUCGAAAACAGGGAGUUGAACCUAUGAGUGAAUGGCGGCACAGUUUUCACAAAAGUUUAGAUACUGUUACGCGCAUGUCACUAACC